GAAAGGCUGUUGGAAAAGGCUGUCGUGUAACACAACACUUUUCAAGAAUGGAUCUGUCGCGUCCAAAGCUUAUUGACUUCCAUGGUGUGUCCAUGACACAUGCUUUCACGGAUAACUGGGACAAAGUCCAGAACUUUAAAGCUAAACCAGAUGACAUUGUUGUUGCAACUUACCCCAAAGCUGGCACCACAUGGAUGUGCUACAUUCUUGACCUACUGUAUUUUCAUCAGACAUGUCCUGAGCGUGAAAAAUUUGUCUCGAUCUGUGACAGAGUGCCAUUUUUAGAGUUUAUCUACCCACCCUAUUGUACAGGAACAGACAUGGCAGAUACACUGCCUACCUCUCCUCGUAUCAUCAAAACUCAUCUGCCUGUUCAGUUUCUACCCAAGGCCUUCUGGGAGCAGAACUGCAGGAUCAUUUAUGUCGCUCGCAAUGCUAAGGACAAUGUUGUUUCCUAUUUCCACUUUGACCACAUGGUGAAGCUUCAACCUGAGCCAGGAGACUGGAACAGUUUCUUACAAAGAUUCAAAGGUGGAAAGAUGGUGUUCGGCUCCUGGUACGACCAUGUGUGUGGAUGGUGGGAAAAGAAACAGACGUACUCCAAAAUCCACUAUGUCUUCUAUGAGGAUCUGGUGGAGGACACUGGACGUGAGAUCAAAAACCUUUGCUCCUUUCUUGGUCUAUCCACAUCAGAAGAAGAGAGGAAGAAGAUUGUAAGAUGUGUUCAAUUUGAUGUCAUGAAAGCGAAUCCUUUGACUAACCUCACUGAUGAUCCAUCGCUAGACUUCACUGUCUCUCAAUUCCUGCGUAAAGGUAAAGUUGGCGACUGGAAGAAUCACUUCACUGUGGCUCAGAAUGAGCAGUUCGAUGAACACUACAAACAGAAGAUGAAGAACACAACUUUACAGUUCCGUGCAGUGAUUUAGGGCGGUUUCUGGAGGAAAUCCCAGAGAGAAAAAUCUUGUUGAAACAACAGUGAUUAGUUAAUCGGCAACGGUAUUAAAUCAACAUUAAUCCACAAUUUUUACUUUUUAAUCAUCGCUCUCCAUGUAGUCAACAAAUCAAUCAGAUACCUGUAUGUUAAUAUAAACAGGCUACACUUGUGUAAAACAUUAUAUUCACACCAAUCAGCCAUAACAUUAUGACCCACUGACAGGUGAAGUGAAUAAUAUUGAUUAUCUCAUUACAAUGGCACCUGUCAAGGGGUGGGAUAUAUUAGGCAGCAAGAGAACGGUCAGUUUUUGAAGUUGAUGUGUUAGAAGGAGGGAAAAUGGGCAAGAGUAAAGAUCUGAGUGACUUUGACAAAGGCCAAAUUGUGAUGGCUAGAUGACCGGGUCUGAGCAUCUCCAAAAUGGCACAUCUUGUGGGGUGUUCCCGGUAUGCAGUGGUUUGUACCUACCAAAAGUGAUCCAAGGAAGGGCAAUUGGUGAACCAGCAACAGGUCAUGGGUGUCGAAGGCUCACUGAUUCACAACUGGUUUUCAUUCAUUAUUACAAAGCAAGACCUGGAUCCAUUAAGGUAUUGCGAACAACACUAUGCAAAAUUUUUUAAAAAUUAUAUAAUAAAGUGGGCGGCACGGUGGUGUAGUGGUUAGCGCUG